AUGGAGUACGUACAAAUAUCUGAUGGGCAAUACACAAAAACAAUUUAUUCUAUGAUAAAAGAGUCUAGAUAUGAAGACGCAAUCAAAGCUCUUAACGAUGCAAUCAACUUCAAACCCAACAGAGCUGGACUUUCUCUACUUGGCUAUUGUUAUUUCAGAACCCAAUCUUUCGUUGAAGCAGCCAAUUGCUAUGAACAACUAUCUGCCAUGCACCCUGAUGUACCAGAGUAUAAGCUGUACUUUGCUCAAGCAUUGUAUGAAGCAUCCAUGUUCGACGAGUCCUACAAAGUAACAAUGCAAAUUUCUGCUCCAGAAUUGGAAAAAAAAGUAACAAAAUUACAAUCUGCUAUAAAGUAUGGUGAAGAAGAUACCAUAUCUGCAAGAAGCUUAGUCGAUUCCUACCCCCAAGAUGAUCCAGACAAAGAUAUUAACUUAGGGUGUCUGUUAUAUAAAGAGAAUCAAUAUGAGGAAGCGUUACAAAAGUUUUCAAGGAGCCUCAAUAUAUUGGGAUUCAAUGCGCAUUUGCAUUACAAUGUGGCGCUCUGCUAUUUCAGACUAAAAGAAUAUCCCCAAGCUUUAAAGCAUAUAACAUUAGUCAUUGAAAAGGGAAUCCGUGAUCACCCAGAACUAGCGGUCGGUAUGCAGGCUGAAACUUCGGAAGUGAAAUCUGUUGGAAAUACUUUAACUCUUCACGAGACCGCUUUAACUGAAGUCUUUAAUUUAAAAGCUGCUAUCGAAUACCAAUUAAAAAAUAUAGAGGCAGCAAGAGAAGCACUGUCAGAUAUGCCUCCUCGACAUGAACAUGAGCUAGAUGCUGUUACAUUGCAUAAUCUAGCUCUUACAUCUAUUGAUGUGAAACCAACUGAUGGCUUCGAAAAACUACACUUUUUAUUACAGCAAGAUCCGUUUCCACCAGAAACAUUCGCCAAUUUACUCCUCUUAUAUUGCAAGUUUGAAUAUUAUGAUCUAGCUGCCGAUAUUUUAGCUGAAAAUGCACAGUUUACAUAUAAAUACCUAACACCUUAUCUAUAUGAUUUCUUAGAUGCGAUCAUAACUAGUCAAACGUCACCUGAAGAAGCUUUUCAAAAAUACGAAGACAUCGCCUCGAAACAUGCAGAACAAUUGAGAAAACUGACUAAAGUCGUACAGGAAAGUCGCUCUCAAGGUGAUAAUGAUCAAGUAAAAAAAGCCGUAGUUGAAUAUGAAGAAGCGUUGGAAAGAUAUAUUCCUGUUAUUAUGGCUCAAGCUAAAAUAUAUUGGGAUAUGGAAAACUACGGUCAAGUCGAAAAGAUAUUUCGUAAAUCAGUAGAAUUUUGCAACGAAUCCGAUGUCUGGCGCUUAAACGUAGCACACGUGCUAUUUAUGCAAGAAAAUAAAUAUAAAGAGGCAGCAAGUUUUUAUGAACCAAUUGUCAAAAAACAAUAUGACAACAUUCUAGACGUAAGUGCAGUUGUGUUAGCAAAUCUAUGUGUCUCAUACAUUAUGACCUCUCAGAAUGAAGAGGCUGAAGAUAUUAUGAGAAAAAUAGAAAAGGAAGAAGAGCAGCAAAUAUUUGAAGAUCCUCACAAAAAAUUCUACCAUUUGUGCAUCGUCAAUUUGGUUAUAGGUACCUUAUACUGUGCUAAGGGAAAUUUUGAGUUCGGCAUAUCCAGAGUGAUCAAAUCAUUAGAGCCCUUCAAUAAAAGAUUGGGAACUGACACCUGGUUUUACGCGAAGCGCUGUUUUUUAUCGUUUUUAGAGAAUUUGGCUAAGCAUCUAAUUGUAGUUAAAGACAACACAAUUAAAGAUUGCCUACAGUUCCUCGAAGGAUCUGAAACUUACGGAAGGCGAGUGAGUACGGUUAUAGAAACACCGUUCCAAGAAGAAGACGCCAAUAAUAAAGCUAAGCAGACCGUAACUUACGAAGCUCGGCUUUUACGUUACAUGUUCUUUAAAUUGCGCGGCAUUGAUAACUCUGUAACGAUAAAUAAGUACGAAGAUUUAAAA